UGAAACCCUUGCCUCUCUUCCUACCUCUCUCCUGCCCCCGUCGGUUUCCGCCGAAACCAUCUCCGACCUUCCCCUUCCGGGCUUCCCUGCUCUCGCGACGGAAAGCCCUGCGAUACAGUCGAGACUAGAGCAAGCUAAGAAGACAAGGAAGACAACGACGAGAUCGUGGAGUACGAAGGUCUCCAAAACUCCCAUCUUUUUCCUCUUUCCGCUCCGCUUCUGCCCAAACCAUUGAUGAAGGGUAAAAUGGAAUUAUGGAUCUAGUCUCAAGUAGAAUAAUUCUAGCAGGACAUGGAAGCAAUGGCUUCAUAUUACCAGGCAGCAACUUUAGUUGCUUUGCCAUCAUAUCCUAACUCCCUUGUGUGGUCAAAGGAGAAUUUGGUGGCUAUUCCUUCGGAGCAUCUCAUCACGAUUCUGAAUCCAGCCUCACUUUCUAGUGCUCGAGGCGUAAUCACACUUGUGCAGAACAAGCCUUUCCGAACAGGUUUGGUGGAAAGAAGUGAUCUUCUUACCCCUUGUUUACAACCUAUUUGUUUAUCAAAGGAUACUCGUCCAUGUGCUCGUUCAAUUUCUUGGUCUCCUCCAGGACUUGCACCUAAUUCGGGAUGUUUGCUUGCUGUCUGUACGUUUGAUGGCCAUGUAAAACUUUAUCGAGCACCAUAUUGUGAGUACAGUUCGGAAUGGAUUGAGGUUGCAGACAUGUCUGACCUUUUAUUUGAUCAUAUCACUACUAUCAACUACGGCAAGUGGAAUGACCAAAGUUUGGCGGUUCAUGGAGUGAAAGCCAGCAGCAGAAAGCGUAGUAGAUCAAAAAAUGGGUUUGCAGUUUCUACUUGCAACAAGUCUUACAGAAGCAUAAAGAGAAAGGGGCCAAGUUGCAGGAGAAGCAGCCCUACAGAAGUCGAUCCAGAUAUCAUCAGCCUGGGCAUAUGUUAUGGCGGUGAUGGGAUCACUUUGGAGGAUAAUGAAGCUAAUGCUGAGACUGAUGAUGAAAGUACUCUAGAUCAGAGUUCUAACUUGCCCCAUAUCACUGCCCAGCAGUAUGUUUCUCGUAGUGCUGUAUUGUCUUCCCUGGUUGUUUCCUGGUCACCAGUACUGCAAUCUUCUGAAACCUGCUGUGCUAUACUUUCUGCUGGUGCAAAAUCUGGUGAUGUUUCUUUUUGGAGGAUUUGUGAGCCAGAAUGCUUUACUAUAAAGCAUGGGAACAUUCCUGUGAAUGCGAUGCUCAUUGGACUUAUUCAGGCUCAUAAUUCAUGGAUUACUGCAAUUUGUUUUGGCAUUUCCACUGCUUGUUCUUUAAAGUCUCAAUUGUUCAUGGUCACCGGAUGUUCUGAUGGAAGUGUGAAGAUUUGGUCCGGCAAUGUUGAAGGAUUUCUAUUAGCGACAGACGUUAGGAAUGAUUGCUUUUUAUUAUUAGCAGAGGUGAAAAAUGCUACAUCUGUUUCUGUUUCGACAAUUGCUUUGGUUAUUCCAAUAACAACGCCAGAGGAAGUUGUUUUAGCGAUAGGAAGAGGAGCUGGAAUGUUGGAUGUGUGGAUUUAUGAUAUAUCGAGCAAGAAGCUUCGUUUUGUUGCGAACUGUAAUGCCCAUGAACAAGUGGUAACAGGUUUGGCUUGGGCUUUUGAUGGUGCUUGCUUGUACAGUUGCAGUCAGGAUAAUUCAAUCCGCAGAUGGAUUUUUCGUGGGGAUUCUCUAUGUGAGGCACCUUUAUCUUCGAAUUCUGCUGCUUCUGAAGCAUCUAAUAAUAAUCUUUCCAGUGUUUCUGAUCUAUGCUUUGGGCUUGCACUUUCCCCUGGAGAGCAGAUGGUUGCUAUGGUCCACAGCUUUGAUGCCAAUCUUCAGCACCAAAUGUAUGAGAAGAGGUCCCAGAGAGCCGUUGUUGAGUUUUUUUGGAGUGGUGGCCAAUCUUUUGAGGUUCCAAAUGACAGUAGACUUGAUGGUUGCAGAUUUGAAGCCAUAAGCUGUUUGUCUGUGCCGGAGUUUACCUGCUGGGAAAUCAAUACCUUGGGGUUUUUGAAAUCCUUAGAAAAUGUGAAUAAGCCAAUAGUGAUUUGGGACACAUUAACCUUGUUACGAAACCUUAGGAAAGAUUUUCCUGUCUUGGUUGAGAAUAUGAUAACUAAAUGGAUAUCCAGCUGGUUUUCAGGUCCAGUGAGUGAUUCACUUGAGGCUAUAUUGUUUCGUGACCAGGAUAAGAUUUUGAUGGUUAGUUCUCGUAAAAUUCAACUGCUAAACAUUAUCUGCAGAAGGGUGAUGCUUAGUGAAAUGGGGAUUGAUUCAGUUAAAGAUUAUCAAUUUAAACACAAUAGAUCAAGUAAUAAGGGAAGUAACUCAGAUUCAUGGAAUGAUUUGCUCAUUAAAAGUGAAGGUGAGCUACAAGAACGUCUUGUUGCUUUUUCUUUCCAAGUUGUUCUAAAAAAUACAGCUAAUUCUCAAUCAACUGUUGGAGAGAGUGCAUAUUGGUCUCCUGUUGGACUAGCACAGAUGGAACGAUGGACUGCCAUUAACGAUCAAAAGAUUCAUAGUCAGCUUAGGCUUCUUGGAUCUGAGGUUGCUGAAUGCAGGAGCAGGAACAAUAUUGGCAUUUCUCAGUCUGAUGAGGAAGAGAGCUGUAGUUUUUGCUCUGCUCCAGUACCUUUUGAGUCUUUCGAAGUAGCUUUCUGUGAAGGUAUUGUGAAUCAAAAGGGUUGUAAUGAAAGGCAUCAGCUUACAAGAUGUGCAGUUUCCAUGAGGCUUUGCUCAGUGACAGAGCCACUAUGGCACUGCAUGUGCUGCCGGAGAUGGGCUGCUAACCUACUUCCUCGUUCAUUUUUUAUGCUACAAAAUUCUCCUCUAUAUUUCAGAAAUGUAAGAACAUUUUCUGCUGUUGGAGAACGUGUAAAACCAUUGUGUCCUUUUUGUGGGAUUCUACUUCAGCGGUCAAUGCCUGAUUUUUUGUUGUCAACUUCUCUAGUCUAGCUCCUUUUUUUUCAUGUGUAAUUACCAUUCUGCCUUUGAAUGGCAAAUUUUUUUAUUUAAGAGUGGUCAUUUCAGGUCUUUUUGAUAGUCCACAAUUUAUGCUA